UAAGACGUAUGCUGGCUUCUGAAUGAGUUUUGGUGUCACCAAAACCCUGAUUCCAACAAGAUGGGAUGCUGUGUAAAACACACAUAAAAAGAAAGAAGAAACAGUGACACAGCAUAUGGGACUGGGGCAACAAAAGACUAGCAAAGUUUUGUACUGAUCAAAAACCACCAGUCUGGAAUAUUCCACAGUCACAGGCAAGCUGUAUCAAGUGGAGACAUACAGAUGUCAGGUCAAAGAAAGAAGCUACAAGAGGCCUUGUGCCGCUACACCACAGAUACCCUCACUUACAUUAAGAUAGUGAGCGGAUUCUGUCAGAGGAUCUCUAAAUGGAUAGUUGCAAGGGAGACAGAGUUGACCAACAUGAAGAACAUUAAAGAAAAUGCUGACAAAAUUAAGCUAAACAUCAGCCAUGUUACCCAGUCAGAGAACAAAGGUAAGGCCAUGGGGGAAUUUUUGAAGAGCAAGGUGACCCAGGUGACUGCAGACAGCAGGCGAGCAAAGCUGGAGGGGGAGCUGGCUGCUGUGCUGGCGGACACUCUGGGAGGUCUGAAGAAACUUGACUGCUUCCUGGAUGCAGUGGAGAAGUUGGCAGUCACCUCACUUCCUGUGUUCAUGGAGGAGAACCAGGCGUUACAUCUAUCAGAAGGGAUCAGCCUUAAACAAGUUUGGUCUGCCAUCAGUGCUGCGCGAGAAAUCUGCCCCCUCCUCCUCGAGUUCAAAAGAGAUGCAAACGUCUUCUUCCUUGCCAGACUUCAGAAUGUAGAAGUGCUGGCAUAUCAGCUGGCCAAAUACAUACAGACCACUCAGAUAAUCUGCGACAAGCUGGAGAAAAGGCAAUGUUUCCAGAGAAUAACUUCGGAAACUAAGGUAGACCUCGAUGUGGAUUUGUCUGAAGGUGAUGUACAAAGAAUUCUCUGUCACAUUAAUCAGCUGCAGGAAAUCAGGAUGAACCAGCACUUCCGGAUGGUGUUCUCAUUCCAGAAGGUUUCAUGUUCUGUCUUCAUCAAUCAGUUCAGUGAGUGUCGAUCCAGGAUGCUGCAGUUUCUAAAAGACAUGGAGGAGUGUGCUGUUCGGCUAGACAGGAUGAAUAAAGGGGCAAAGAUCUCCAGUGUGGCAGGCAGCUCAGUGGGGGCAGUUGGAGGUGUGCUUUCCAUUGUUGGUUUGGCAUUAAUCCCUGUAACAGCAGGACUGUCUCUAGGUCUGACGAUGACUGGUGUAGGGCUAGGAAUAACCAGUGGAGUCAACAGUGCUGUCACUACUGCCACAGAGAUUGGAGUAAACCGAAAACAACAGAAGAAAGCCAGUGAAGCCUUCCAGAGCUUCAUGGAGGAUGUGCAGGCUCUGCAGGACUGUCUGGAGGAGGUGACCAGUCAAACAAAAACCAAAAUAGGGGGGAGUGAUACAGCUCCUGGUGCUGCCGGAAAAGGCAUUGGUGCAUUCGCUAAAUCUGUCUCUGCUGCUAAGCUGUUGAAAAGUGAAGUGCUCGCUCUCAGCAAGUCAGCCAGAGCAGGUUUCGUUGCAGUCAAUGCUCUUUUCGUUGGCAUGGACAUCUUCUUCAUCUGUAAAGACAGCAUCAGUCUGUCCAAAGGCAGUGAGGCUGAAGUCUCACAGUUCAUCAGAGCCAGAGCUGCACUCUGGAGCUCAGAGAUGGACUCAUGGCAGAAGAUCCAUGACUCCCUGUGUGAAGGUCAGCAGACAUCAGAGGAAAACAAAGCCGUCCUGGACAAGCACUUUUAUCCUGGGAUCGAGAAGAUCUGAGACAUGUGACUUUUUGCACUGAUUAAUGUGAAUAAACCACAAAUCCUGUCUUGGUAAUCAUAAUAAAUCAUUGAUGAACAUGAAACAUUAAUUAAUUUGUCCAAUCAGCAUAGCCAUCUAGUUGGCUAUAUCGAUCUGUUGGUCUCUUUAUGUGGCGUGGAUCUGCUCAGCAAUUAAUUUAUGUGAAGAAUGGAACCAGGAGUAAAAGGGCAUUAAAUUUCAUGAUCUCUGUGAUUAUCCUGAAAAGUAGCCUGUAGAUGCCUUCAAGACUAAUAAGGAUCCAAUAUUGUCAGCUUGUUGGGUCUUAAGCUAUUUUAACUCUUUUAUGGGCAGUAAGUCUGAUUUAUUUCUUGAUUCAGUUUAUCAGAGCACAUGUCAAUACGAAGCUUUUCACAAUACAAAAUGCUUUAUGUGUCAUUCAGUAAUCCAUUCCAUAAGAGUAAUUGCAAGCAAAAAGAAAAAUGAAAAACAAAAACAUGGGAUUUAGAAGGACCAUUUUCAACCUUAUCUAAUGAGUCACUGUGUGUUUAACAGUUAUUGUAUUAUUAUUAUUAGGAUCAGAGCACAUUACUUUGAUCAGAUUGUAUUUACAUAAUGCUUGUUUCCUCUUCUGCCUCAUUCAUUUGACUGAGAAACUAAACCACAUCAGUACUGAAAUGUUUGCUUCAUACAAUGACGACUAAUUUUUGUUUUGUUUGUGGUGUCAAUGGAGGUACCUGCUUGAUCUGUCUUUCAGAAUCAGAAUUCCUUUAUUUAUCCCUGGAGGGAAAUUCUUUCCACUGUUUUAAUUUUGUAAUUCUAAUAAACUUUCUUGUUUUCACUGAUUUUGCUAUCUUAAGCGCUUCACUUCUUUCUUGUAUUUACUGUUGUCUUGUCCUGGAUUCUUUCCUGGUCCUGGCAGGAUUUUUUAAUUUUUUGCCUGUUUUAAAUUGCUUUUUUUGUUUGGAUCCUUGCUUGCACUGGGGCAUACUAAGCCUUAUUUUGUAAAUCAGUCUUUGAUCUGCAUUAGUUCUGCUUCUAUCAUCUACGUUUGGGUCCAGUUCGUUGUUGCUUCAUCCAUAUGAGCUGUGACAGAUUCAGUAAUACAUGCUUUAACAUACAAUGACUGUAUAUGAGAAUAAAAUUAUUUUGCCGGAGCUUUAAUUCUGUUAUGUAAUCUUGCUUCAUUAACAGCCUUAAAACAUGUAUUUAGCUCAUUUCUGAAUCAUUGUAAUGGUGGUAGAGCUGUAUCACAGCAAGUAAAUCCAAAUAAAUGUAAACUCUGAGCAUAUGUGUAAGCAUUUACAGUAAUAAACAGACUUCAAGUAA